UACGCUUACGUCAGUUGAUGACCCUGCUAAUUUUGUACGCGGCCUUGAAACAUUCAACGAUCUACCCGAAAACGACAUGAAGCCCUUUAUUUAGCGCCAACUGAUUCAGUGCGUCCUUUGCUAUUCCCCCGUCGCCCUCUGCUGCUCAAUAUCCUUCACUGCAGUCAGCCUCCCCUAUCUCUUGACCACCACCGCGUAAACAGUUGCAGCUGUCGUCGCCGUGCUCCACGACCACACGGUACCGUUAAAAGACCCUUUGGCUUCCUUGGCACCGUCGUAUACGAUGGCUCUCGCUUUCAGUGUAGCUCCCAUUCAGCCUGUCUCCCAUAUCGCUGCGCCAGGGUCGGCCUCGAGCUAUCCACAGCAUCUGCUCCAGCAUAUGUCCUCGUUUUCAGGCUCUGAAUCACCUGUCGCAGCCACGGAACCAUUGUCUGGUCGUCUCGAGCCUCCUUUGACCACCACCAGCAUAUCGACGACGAGUUCCAAGGUCAAUCGGCCGCUACCGUCGCUACCCAGGACCAAUAGCGUCACCGGGUCAAGCGCAGUCCCUACUACCAUGGCGAUACCCACUUCCCGCCCUCCAAGGAAGAAGGCUUUAAAUUCCCCAGUCUCAUACUUCUCUCACUUGGUCUCUGCAUUAAUGCCCCAACGGAAGGCUGUCUCCUCUGUCACUAGCAUUGUUAACCAUCCAGGCACAUUGUCCCGCCUCUUGUCAUUUCUCCCCUGGCCCGACUUUCUCGCUCUUUCUCAAACGUGUCGUUCCUUGCGGGACAUUCUUGACAAGGAAGACUUGCGGGAUGUCAUUCUCUCGAGAUAUGUCGAAGGCUAUGGCACUUGUCUAAGGCUACGAUCCGGAUCCCGGGAAGGUGUGCAGGAGGUUCCUAUCACAUUGCAUGAUCUCGACCUGCUCCUGAUCUCACAACGCACUCCGCUUCAUAUAUACCCCACUGCUGCGCUUUCGACACUCUCCUCUCGCCGCCUUUCCAAUGCCGAAAUUUUACGGAAUCAGAAACUGGAGAGGCUAACCCACACCCAUUCCCGCUUCGUGCUUCUCCUACAGUCGCUCGCGCACAGUUCCUCAUUACCUCCACCUUUAGAGUCGGAACCAGAAUCUGAUCCUAUCUUCCCUGAAACUCGUACUCAAUCACAGGGUCCUUCGUUUCUACAGCGAGUUUCCUUGGUCGAUGGAAGCGGGACGGGAUCUGUACGGGAGCUUGUUUUUCCCGCACCUUUAUCAUGUCCAGAUCCGGUCGUCGUGACAGACAGACCGGUUGAAACGCCUGGACGGAUCCCUCAGCGCCGUUCGGUUUCGGCCGGCGCUGUGCAGACAGAUGGUCAUAGACAUACGCGGAGUCUAACGAGCACUGCACAUUACUUGCAUUCGUCGCGGUCCCGUCAAGCCCCGAAAUCUACGGGACUUAAUGGGGGACAAGCAGGCACCAUCAGAAGUCCUGAUUCUUCUGCGUCAUUACGCUCAAUGAAAAGGAAGAACCGGCUUUCCAUAUUUAGCAGCAGUGCCAACAAUCCGCCCCCGCCACCUGCCGAUCCCAGAGACCUUAAAUAUUAUUCGACGGGCUGGAGGCGGUCGCUAGCCAACGCUUCAUUUGCCCACAAAGCAAAACGUGCUUCGUCUGCACAUGACUCCUCCAUUUCAGAAGGUUGGUUAUUGGACGAUGAUUUAGGAUUUUAUCGACCACAUCGGAGGUUCGCUUCGUCGAAUUUUAGCGGUAGCAAUCAUUCCUUCAGCAGCACCUCCGGAUCAGCUUCAGGAUCUGGAGGCUCUCCGCUGUCCCGGAGCGAGAGGCACAGUUCUCCAUCACCCCCUUUAACACCUGUUGCGAUGCCAUCUCCCUCGUCACCCCACGAUCUCGUGCUUGCCACGUCGCGCGUCCGUGCUCCCAUUUUACGUGUUUAUGUCCCGUGCACUGAAUUGUCCGACGGUCCAGAGUUCUUGGACAAGGAUUAUUUCCUCACCCAAACUGGUGGCAGUUCGAGCAUUCAGAGAUGCGAAGAUCAGCUCAUAGAGUCUGGUCUAUGGGAGCAUAUGAGCACAGGGGACGUUGUUUGUAAUCUGGGAUAUGUUCCCCCUGCGCCACCGGGAAGUGAAGAAAGUUCCGUAGAAGAUCAUUCGUCUAGCCGAGAGUUCUCUAGUAGACGCGACCGGUUCGACAGGCUCAAGGAGACUCGCACAUGGCUGAUAUUCAACGGACACUGUCUCGUGCCCUUUUGCCCUCCUGACGAUAUGUUACCUAUUGAUGACCCAAUUUCCUUGCCUUCGCCUUUUUAUUAUGAUUGUCUCAUACCCGCCACUCCUCUUGCAGUUGGUCGUCAACGAUCGUCUUUGGCCACUGGCAAUAUCCGAAUGGUCAUUGGACGACUCCCACCACCCGGGUUCGAAGAAGUACCGCAGCUACGUCUCAUUCAUACUCAAACCAGAGUUCGCAGCCCUCAUUCUAGGGGAGGCGUUGCUGUCGUGAAGAAAUGGGUUUGGAUUGCGAAGGUUUGGAGAGGCGGACUUCAUUUUGAUGCCGUCGGAAAGAUGAACGCCAACGGAAGUGAUCUCGGCGCGGCUAUGGGAAUCGGCUGGGAAGGUGAAUGGGUCAUCGAAGGAGAAGGGACCAAAGAGGGUCGCCAAGCAUUAUUGGAUUGCCUUAAUGGCAAGGGACCAAGGCAGAGGGAGUGUGAAAUCGUCCGGGAGAAGAGCGGCGGCGGAAGAAUCUGGCUCAGAAUGCUCGAAUCUUCCUCGGUACAAUUGUAUACUACGCCCUCGAACUCUGGUUCUAUUUCAUCCGCUCUUACACAAACAGCUUCCCAGCCCCGUGUAUGAUUAUAUCUACUUUUAGAUGGUACGAUACUCUGGUUGACCUGCUUCACAUUUAUACAUGGGACUUAUAUCACUGCAAUUCAUCCUGGACAAUUAUAUCAUUACUUGCAGUCAUGCGCUUAUACUUACAUUAUUCAUUCCAUUCAUUCGUGCAUAAUGUACUAUACGUGAUGUGAAACCUUUGCUACAUGUACGCCCGUGAUAGUAUAUUCUUACGUACGUAGGUGUAAGUAUCCCCUCGUACUUUUAUCGUCAUGAUGUUACUUAUGUUUUCUCGAAAAAUAAGAUUCCAAAAGUCGAUGAGACAUUUCAUAUGA